AGAUUUCAGAGAGAGGGGGGAAGAGCGGGAGAGUUACUGACACAGAAACAAAGCAGAGGGAGAAAGAGAGAAGCAAAGAGAAGCAUUAGACAGUGGACUUUCUGUUCCUUUCACUAACAGCUGAGAUGGAGGAGUAUAAUGUGACAGUUGCUACAGGCACAUCAGAGUAUUCAGGGACCAAUAACUACAUAUACAUUACUCUGGUGGGAGAGAAAGGAGACAGCGAGAGAACAACACUGGAUAACCCUGGACUGGACUUCUGUAGAGGAGCGGUGGAUGAAUACAAGGUGUGUAGCCCGGGUCCUCUGGGUCGUGUCCUUUUGGUGCGUCUGGAGAAACAGAGGUACUGGGUAGAGGAUAACUGGUUCUGUCUCUAUGUCACCGUGGCGCCACCAGGUGGUGGUACAGCCCUCACCUUCCCCUGUUACCGCUGGCUCAUAGGAGAUGUCAAGGUGGAGCUACGAGAAGGCACAGCAAUGAGACUCAGUGACGACACCUCUCCUCAGCUUUUGGCUCACAGAAAAGCAGAACUGCAGGAGAGACAGGCGAUAUACAGAUGGGUUGCAUGGGCUCCUGGGAUUCCCAAGUGUAUUGAUGCGAAGACCGAGGCAGACCUUCAUCAGGAUGUUCGCUUCGACAAUGAGAAGAGGAGUGACUUUGAGAGCUCCUUACACUACGCUCUUCUAGAGCUGUCUUUGAAGAAGCUAGCCAUCAGGUUUGGGAAGUCAUGGGACAAUCUGGAAGACUUCAAACGAUGCUUCUGGAAACUCAGGAGCCCCAUAUCUGAAUACUGUAUGGAGCACUGGAAGGAAGACUCGUUCUUCGGGUACCAGUGUCUGAACGGUUCAAACCCCAGAAUGAUCCAGCGCUGCAAGAAGCUUCCGGGAAACUUCCCCGUCUCUGGAGACAUGGUGCAGGGGUCGCUGGCCCCAAGAACCACCCUUGAGAAGGAACUCAAGGCGGGUAACAUCUACUUGGUAGACUAUGCCAUCAUGGAUGGUGUUCCUACCAACGUAAUCAGAGGGAAACCACAGUACAUCGCUGCUCCUCUCUGUCUGCUGUAUGAACACCCAGACCAGGGACUCAUACCCAUCGCCAUACAGCUAGGGCAGACUCCUGGCUUGGACACGCCCAUCUUCCUGCCUAAAAACCCGCCCCUGGCCUGGCUAUUGGCCAAGAUCUGGGUCCGUCACUCAGAGUUCCAGGUGUUCCAGCUCCUGUCCCACCUGUUGAGAACUCACCUGGUGGUGGAGGUGUUCUGUGUGUCAACACUACGACAGCUACCCGCCGUCCAUCCAGUAUAUAAGCUCCUGGCUCCUCACCUACGCUAUACUCUGGAGAUUAACUGCAGGGGGCGCACUCAGCUCCUCUCAGCCGACGGCAUCUUCAAAAGGGUGGUGUCUACAGGAGGAGAGGGGCUUCUGAUCCUAGCCCAGAAUGAGUACAAAGUCCUGACCUACCGCUCUCUGCAGCCCUACCAGGACUUCCAGCAGCGCGGAGCCACCAAGCUCAGAAACUACUUCUACAGGGAAUACAGCCUGAUGCUGUGGGACGCCAUACACAGUUUUGUCUCAGGGAUGGUGUCACUGUACUACCAUUAUGACAGUGAUGUAGUGGAGGACACUGAGCUGCAGGCCUGGAUAAAGGACAUCGCUGAGGAGGGCUUCGUUGAUGUGCCCAGAUUUGGUCUGGCCAGGGAACUACACAACAAGACAGAACUGAUCACACUGCUGAGUGUCGCUAUCUUCACAAGCUCAGCACAGCAUGCAGCCACCAACAAUGGACAGUUUGACUGGUGUGCGUGGGUACCCAACACCCCGUGCACAAUGCGCCACCCUCCCCCGACGGAUAAGGAUGCUGUUACCAUGGAGAUGAUCAUGGACACCCUCCCAGACGUCAGCCAAACAUGUUUGGAGAUGGCGAUCACAUGGCACCUGGGUCGGCCACAACCGGACGCAAUUCCAUUGGGUCAGUACCGGGAGCAGUACUUCACAGAGUCCCAGGCCCAGGAGGUGAUUGACAAGUUCAGACAGGAACUGAAGGAGAUAGAGGAACACAUCCUGACCCAGAACGAGGGACUAGAGUUGCCCUAUCUUUUCCUCCUGCCCAGCCGCAUCGAGAACAGCAUCACUAUAUAAUAUACUGAACAGAAAUAUAAACGCAACAAAAGUCAAAAAGAUUUUCCUGAGUUACAGUUCAUAUAAGGAAAUCAGUCAAUUGAAAUAAACUCAUUAGGCCCUAAUCUAUGGAUUUCACAUGACUGGGAAUACAGAUAUGCAUCUGGACACACACACAAAAAAAAAUGAAAUAGGGGUUGUGGAUCAGGAAACCAAUGAGUAUCUGGUGUGACCACCAUUUGCCUCAUGCAGCGCAACACGUCUCCUUCGCAUAAAGUUGAUCAGGGUGUUGAUUGCGGCCUGUGGAAUGUUGUCCCACUCCUCUUCAAUGGAUGUGCGAAGUUGCUGGAUAUUGGCAGGAACUGAAACACGAUGUCGUACACGUCGAUCCAGAGCAUCCCACACAUGCUCAACGAGUGACAUGUCUGGUGAGUAUGCAGGCCAUGGAAGAACUGGGCAAUUUUCAGCUUCCAGGAAUUGUGUGUAGAUCCUUGCCACAUGGGGCCGUGAAUGGCACGACAAUGGGCCUCAGGAUCUCGUCACGGUAUCUCUGUGCAUUAAAAUUGCCAUAGAUAAAAUGCAAUUGUGUUGGCUGUUCGUAGCUUCUGCCUGCCCAUGCCAUAACCUGUUUACAAUGUUGACAUCAGUAAACUGCUUGCGCACAACGUCAUACAUGUGGUCGGCGGUUGUGAGGCCGGUUGGACGUACUGCCAAAAUCUCCAAAACGACAUUGGAGCCGGCUUAUGGUAGAGAAAUUAACAUUAAAUUCUCUGGCAACAACUCUGGUGGACAUUCCUGCAGUCAGCAUGCCAAUUUCAUACUCCCUCAAAACUUGAGACAUUUGUGUUGUGUGACAACUGUACAUUUUAGAGUGGCCUUUUAUUGUCCCCAGCACAAGGUAAUGAUCAUGCGGUUUAAUCAGCUUCUUGAUAUGACACACCUGUCAGGUAGAUGAAUUAUCUUGGCAAAGGAAAAAUACCCACUAACAGGGAUGUAAACAUUUUUUUCUGUGAUAUUUUAUUUCAGCUCAUGAAAAAUGGGACCAACACUUGUUGCGUUUAUAUUUUUUUGUUCGAUGUAAUAACAGAACCAAAAGCUUACCUUGACUAGGGAAGAGUUCCCAAUGUUGAGUAGGCUAAACAAGCUAACUGCAUUCACUGUACAACUAGCUAGCUGUAGUUUAUGCUUUCAGCACUAGAUGAACUCUCUGGUCCUUUGAUUGGGUGGACAACAUGUCAGUUCAUGCUGCAAGAGCUCUGAUAGGUUGGAGGACAGCCUCCGGAAGUUUAUUAUUACUGUGUAAAUCUAUGGAAGGUGGUGAGAACCACAAUUCUCCUAGGUUUUGUAUUAAAGUCAAUUUACCCAGAGGGAAACUAGAUGUCCACCAGCUACACCAUGGUGCUACUGUAGAUCUUUAUUGCAAAAGUGUGUUUUAAUCAAUUAUUUGGAGGCAUGUGAAUAUAUUUAGUAUAGUUUUAACUUUAAUGUUUCACUAUUUUUCUUUUUCUGAAAUUCACUGAUGAGGAUGGUCCUCCCCUGUGAAGCCUUCACUGAUAGUGUAAUAACAGACCAUACAUAUUAUAUAGAUUAAAACCAGGGACUGGAGCUUCCUUACCUUUUCCUACUGCCCAGCUGCAUAGUACACAGCAUCACUAUAGAGCAGGGAUUCUCAAACUCCGUCCUGCACCCCACCCCCCACUGCACGUUUAUGACCCUACUCAAAUAAAACGUUAUUUUUAAAACUA